AUGGCUACGAAUCAAGAUGGCAUCCCGAUCGCUUACUUCGAGCCGCCGAACAGUCUUCUGCGCAUGGACAACGCGACCUACGGUGGACUUAUCACAAUUGGGUGUCUAGCUACCUUGUCCGUCCUCUUCACAUCGUCUCUCCUCAGUUUCAUCAGCUGGCGAAUGAUUGCCUGGAAGUCACAUUAUACUACUUUCAUUGGUCGCAACCAGCCACUCGUGCUCAUCUACCAAUUAAUUCUUGCCGACUUUCUACAAUCUCUGGGCUUCUUACUAUCCUUCCACUGGGCGUCGAACCGAGAAAUCGUGGGCCCAAAUGGUGAAUGUUUCGCGCAGGGCUGGUUGAUUCAACUGGGUGAUGUGGCGAGUGCCUUUUUCGUGCUGGCAAUCGCCGUGCAUACUACAUAUCAAGUCACCUUUUCACGAAGUGUGAGCUAUCCGGUCUUUGUUUACUCCAUUCUAGGAGUAUGGUCCUUCUCUGUGCUACUCACAAGUCUGGCUCCUAUUAUUGGCGGACGCUACAUCUUCUUGCGUGCCGGCAUGUGGUGCUGGAUCUCGUCAGAGCAUGAGAGCAUGCGCCUCCUGCUCCAUUACCUCUGGAUCUUCAUCGUCCAAUUCCUUUCCAUCAUUGUGUACAUGUACGGUUUCUACCAUCUUUACCGACCAAACAGGCCAGGCGCGAUUAGAAUCAAAGGAUCUAGCGAAACGGCGGUGCGGAGAGCAUCAACGGCUAUGCUAGCAUAUGCUUUGGUGUAUACGCUCUUGACGUUGCCUCUUGCAGCUGGUCGGAUGGCUGCAAUGUCGAGUGACACUCUUCCUGAGCAAUACUACCUAUUUGCCGGCGCUUUGUUCACUUCCUCGGGCUGGGUGGAUACGGUCUUAUACGCCAUCACACGCCGCACGCUGCUCUUCAAGGAGCUGACCUCAAAUGACCAACCGGCUGGGCCAAGGUCUGGUCGUUCUGCAAAUCUUCCAACACGACACGGCAGUACUGACAGCAUACUUGCACAAGCCGGCUUCGGACACAGUGGUAUUGUCAUGGACAGAACUGUCAAAGUUGAGCUGGAUGAUCUCGAGAGCCACGGAGGUUCUGAGCACGAAGGGAAGAGUUAUUUCGUAUCGGCAAAGGCACUCAGGAACAAGGACUAA